AGAACCAAACGUUAAAGAUGGGGAACGGAUGCUUCUGCAUUGCGUAUACGUGUUACAAGUGGAGUAGACUGCUUUCAUAAUUACCAGAAUACACAGGAAAACUAAGAAACGAUUGAAGGAAGAGGGAAAAAAAGACGAGCUUCCUGACUACGUGAAAGUGGAAGUACCAAAAGAUGGCAAGACGAAAAAAACCCGUUACAGGUGUCAGUUGAAAGAUUUCAUUUCAAUUGUGGAAGGUUUAAGUGAUUGGAAAGAAGAUGUUAUAAAGAAAACGCCUUUUGCAAAGCUGUUAGAGUUUAAGAUGGAAAGUGAAAGCUUAACUCAAAAAAGGGACAUGGUUAAGUCACUUGCUAGAAAUUUCAACUAUAAGAAUUCGACCCUAAUUGCACGCAAGGGGAGGGAAACCCAGGACAUCGAAAUUAAAGCUGAUGAUUUUUCUAAAAUCAUGGGUAUACAAGAUGGAAGUGAAGCUGUAUUGGAUAAGGAAGCGGACAAUUCUUUGGUGGAGGAAGCGGGCGCUGCUGUACCACAACUUUCUGCAGAAGAGGACCCUGUAAAUCAGGAUCCUGUUAUCGCUGAGCUUGAAAGUAAAUAUUGUAACGUUACGAAGAACGGAGGUUACAAAGGUAUCGCCAUUAAGAAUGUUGUAAACGAACUCAAAAAAACUAAUGACGAGGAUGUUACUAAACAAACCUUUAUGUUAACUGCCAUGCAUUACAUUGUGUGUCCUGCCCUGGGGGGUGUAUUGAGUAAAUCUUAUUUAGAUUAUGUGAAGGAUGCAAACAGUUUGGAUAAACAACCGUGGGCAACUAUAGCAAUGAAUGAUCUAAAAUACGGUGUUAAGAAUUUCGUUGAUGGGAAAGGGGCGGAAAAAAAUAUUGGCGGGUGCACUUUGUUCUUACAGUUAUUUUGUAUGAGUUUGAGAGGGUUCCAUGACAGUUUAGACUUUUCUAAGAUCGACGAAAAGAUGAUUGAAGAAUUCUACAUGACAUGGAUGAUUGACAAUGGUUCGGAAAACAAGAGAAGGAAACUGUUGGCAGAUAAGAUUGUCAAUGACAUGAAAAGUGUAGCUAAUCUUAUCAAGGCCAAGUCAGAUUUAUUAGAUCUGGACUUACUGUUGAAUCUCGAUGAGUCUAUUCAGGAAUCUCAGAAGAAGAUAUCUGCUGCUGCUGUUGCGAAUGAUGAGAUUGAGGGUGUGGAACACCUUUCUGUUCAAGAUCUUGAGCCUCAAAAAUGGUUGAAUGAUAACGUUAUAAACUUUUACAUUAGUGAGCUAAAGAUGAAGUUGAAAGAUAAUUCAGCACAUUAUCAUAUCUUCAACACGUUUUUUUACGUGAAGUUGCAGCGAUAUUUCGCGGAGAAAGAUCUUUGCACUGAGAAGGGAAUUGUUGCAAGUCCGUUCGAGAAAGUAAGAAGGUGGUGGGGAAGAGAUAAUAUUUUAAAGAAAAAUAUCUUGUUAUCCCAAUCCAUGAAUCUUCUCAUUGGAGUGUGCUCAUUAUUUGUACGCCUAAUGAUACCGUUAAUUCAACACUUCUCCUUCACAUGGAUUCGUAUCCUGGUUUGCAUAAUUCAGAUAAGAUUUUUAGAUUUUUUCAAAGGUUUUUGGAGGAAGAAUCGAAGUAUGCAGUUGGUGAAGUUGAAGCUAGUUGUUCAAACGCAGAAGUUGAAGCUGGUUGCUCAAACGCAGACUUCGGUAACGUUGAAGUAUUUAGCAUCGAGGUCUAAAACCUAA